AUGGCUGCCACAGAGAAGAACGCCCAGGAGCUCGAGAAGGCCUCGAAGCUCAGCAAUAUCCCCAAAGGGGAGCAGUACGAGAGGAUGAUCUCAGGCAUGCUCUACGACUCGUUCGUACCUGAGUUACAGUCGGCGCGGUUUGCGGCGAGGGCAUGGAUGCACAAGUACAACAAUUACUUCCCCUCGGAUCCGGCCGCGGGGUUCGAGACGCUUGAGAAGGAGCGACACCAGAUGCUGAAGCAGCUAAUGGGCCGGGUGGGCGACGAGGUGUUUAUCGAGCCGCCGUUGCAGGUUGACUAUGGCUCCAACAUCAGCCUCGGGAACCGCUUCUACGCCAACUUCAACCUGACCAUCCUCGACUGUGCACUUGUCACCAUCGGAGACCGCGUCAUGAUCGGCCCCAACGUCUCCAUCCUGGCUGCCACGCACGAGGUUGAGGUCGAGAGCCGCCGCGCAAACAUCGAGUUCGCCAAGCCCAUCACCAUUGGCAAUGACUGCUGGAUCGGUGGCCACUCGGUCAUCUUACCCGGCGUGACUAUCGGCGACGGCGUCACCAUUGCGGCCUGCUCGGUUGUCACGAGAGACAUUCCGUCUUGGAGCGUCGCAAUGGGAACCCCAGCUCGUGUUACCAAGAAGGUAAAGCCGAUGGAAGACAGCCAAAAAGAGCAAAAGUGA